UCUCCAAAAGCUUUUAACAUAUCUAAAUUAAGAGCUGAGAUUACAUGGAAUCAUCAGAAAGAAUCAAAUUCUAUUGAAUUUCUUGCACCAAAUUUUCAAGAAAGCAUACAGAACCAACAAGAGGUUACCAAUGAAGAAAAUAAUGAACCUUUUAAUGAAACUGAUCCUGAAACUGAAUCAAGACUUGAAACUAAAUCAAGACUUAAAACUGAAUCAAGACUUGAACCUGAACCUAAGAACGAAGAUAAUAUGGCAAACGAAAACAUUAAUAAUAAAGAGAUAGCAGACUCAAAUUCUUUGGAGGAAGAAUUUAAUGAAGAAAAAGAAGAAUUUUCUUUACUAGUUGAUGAUAUUAUUCAUCCAGCGGUUGAUUCUAGUGCCAAAUGGGAUCAAAUUACACUUUUUAAUGAAUUACCAUUAUUGUAA